AUGAAUAGUUCUCGCCCACCAAGAGGCCCUCGAGGCAGAACCGGCACCCCGGAUCGUGGCGGUAUUCGCAAACGGGGAGCUGGUCCCCGCGUCGACAAAGAUGGAGAUCUUGACAUGAGUGUUGGAAGAGGGAGAACUCGUGGACGAGGCGACUGGUCUCGACGAGCAACUCCGUCACAGAAGCAUGGGGCAGGCGCUAAAGACAGGGUACUUGAUUCCCUACAAAAGGCUAUUUUUAACACCACGACCGCGCAGGCCAACAUCAAGCGUGGAAGGACAUCUGGAAUGGCCAUAGAUGGAGAGCUCUCCCAACUUCGAGUUCGUGGAUGGAAAGGAAGCAGAGCCGCAUCGAAUUCCGACGGCGGUAUCGAAAGUCUCGUCGCUUUUCUCGAAAAGAAAGCCACGCCCACACACCCGAGCUCUGGCCGGUUUAGAAUAUUAAAGUCGCGAGUUGAAGGAGAUGCCCUGGUUAUUUCAGUGCGUCCGGAACAGGUGGAUUGGGCUCUGCGAAUAAAUGGAUUCUCAUUCGCCGGCGCGCCCAUUACAAUUGAGAAAUGUAAUGAAUCACAAUUUGGAGGUGCCUCCAGAGGCCCUUCCCAAGCAGCGGCAGAUACGAAAGCCAGAAUGUCAGCAUUUCUGGCCAAGAGAUAUACUGAGUCGUCAAAGUUGCUCAAUCUGUCCCAACUAGGCACGGAUCCAGAUCUUAUCGAAAUGGGGAUGUUUAACAGUACUUCUACUGAAUCAAAGUUCUUCCCGGCUUUGAUGAAGAUAUGCGAAGUUAAUUUCGAUUCCAGCGAGAAACGAAGAACUGCGGUUGAGAGCGUGAGCCUAGCGAAUAAUCAACUGAAUAAUGUCGCUCCGGUCACCUCUUUAAGCCAAACGUUUCCGGAUAUCAAGAACUUAGACCUGUCCAACAAUCAACUCAAAACCACGGAGAACCUGAGUAGCUGGAGAUGGAAAUUUCGCAAUCUUGAAUUUCUCGAUCUUACAGGAAACGAAGCGAGUGCGCAACCCGAUUUCAAGGAGACGAUGCUCAAGUGGUAUCCCAAACUCCAAGUUUUAAACAAUACCCCCGUCAGAACACCGCAGGAGAUCGCUGCCCAGAAGAAGACGCCUAUCCCGAUUAAACCACCUGUUUUUCGCGACGAAUCCGCUAUCGCAGAAAACUUCCUCAAGGCGUUUUUCUUCACUUUCGACAACAAUAAGGACGAGGUUCUGAAUCAGAUCUACGAUGAGAAAUCAGUAUUUUCGUUAAACGUCAAUACUGCCGCGCCGCGUGCUUUACAGGGCGAGUCGACAUCCAGCUGGGAUGGAUAUAUCAGGAAGAGCAGGAAUCUUCUAAAGAUAAACUAUGUUUCUGCACAAAUGUCCCGAGCCUACGUCGGGGUAGAAAACAUUCGAGUAGCAUGGAAUUCGUUACCACGGACGAAACAUCCAGACAUACUUUCAAACCCAAAAGAUUGGCUCAUCGAAUGCCAUCCAAUCCCAGGGCUGCCGGACAUUACUGGUCAGAGUAGCACUGGCGUUGGUGGGCUUCUCAUUACUGUUCACGGAAAGUUUGACGAAUGUGACAACAAAACCGGAAAUAAAAUCCAAACACGAAGUUUUGACCGUACGUUUGUCCUCGGCCCUGGACGAGGACCAGGAGGGAUAAGAGUUAGUAAUGAUAUGCUAUGUUUGAGGUCAUAUGGAGGCUCGGAGGCGUUCGUUCCGGAAAUUCAACAGAUUGCUCCUCCAACGAUACCUACACAACCAAUAACGCAACCAGCCGCGGCACCGGCUGUUCUCCCCACCCAGAAAGCCCAUCCUCAAGCCAAGGAUGGAUAUGGAAUGCCGGGCCCUGGGAAAACGGACGAACAAGUGAAACAAGAGCAGUUGGUGCUUCAGAUAAGCUUCAGCACGAAAAUGACUCUGGAAUUUUCCCAAAUGGCUCUUAGUGGGAAUAACUGGAAUUUGGAAGCGGCCUUGAAAAACUUUGAGGAACUAAAGGUAUAA